AUGAAUGGCGGUGACCUGAAGAAGGCUGCUAUCGCUGCCGCAAACGGUGCUGUGGGAAAGAAACGCAGGAAGGCCUCUGAUCUCAAACCCAUCAUCACCAACGAAGAGUCUGAUCCCGCCGCCACUACCAUGCCCAGCUCCCAGUCUGCCUCGCCCCUGUCGCGGGCUUCCUCAUCCUCAUCAGAAGGUGACGUCGAUGCCGCGGAUGAGGAAGACUCGGAGGACUACUGCAAGGGUGGUUACCACCCCGUCUCCGUGGGCGAGUCCUACAAUAACGGCCGGUAUAUCGUCGUCCGCAAGCUCGGCUGGGGCCACUUCUCGACCGUCUGGCUGUCCCGCGACACCACGACGGGGAAACAUGUCGCUCUCAAGGUUGUCCGCUCAGCCGCUCACUACACCGAGACUGCCAUAGAUGAGAUCAAGCUGCUCAACCGCAUAAACAAUGCCAACCCCAAUCACCCUGGCCGGAGACAUGUUGUCAGCCUGCUCGACUCGUUCGAGCACCGUGGCCCUAACGGAGUACAUGUUUGCAUGGUGUUUGAGGUCCUGGGCGAGAAUCUGCUUGGUCUCAUCAAGCGCUGGAAUCACAGAGGCAUCCCCAUGCCGCUUGUCAAACAAAUAACCAAGCAGGUCCUGCUCGGACUAGACUACCUACACCGCGAAUGCGGCAUUAUUCAUACCGACCUCAAACCUGAAAACGUUCUCAUCGAAGUGGGGGAUGUCGAACAGAUCGUCAAGUCCUGUGUCAAGGAUGAAGAGAAGAAGAACGACAGCAGAGACGAUAAUCGAAACGGUCGACGAAGACGGAGGACUCUGAUCACAGGCAGCCAGCCGCUCCCCAGCCCGCUCAGUGCCAGCUUUAGCGGUGGAGAUCCUUUCCGCAACGUUCCUCCAUCCAUGCAGAGCUCACAUAGCAGUCUCAACCAGGUUCUUGCUGAAUCACCUCUCUCUGCUACUCCUACCACCCCAGCACACCAAUCCAUGAGAGAUAAACUAGGUAUAAAAGAACUGGAUGCAGCCGCCGACGAAAAACAAAAACAAAGAGAAAAAACAACCGACCUCCUUGAACGCGAAGUCUCGGGCAUAUCCCUUAAUAAAGACACAAACCAGGCCGCAGCAGACGACCAGUAUAAUAUUGAUAUCAUAUCUGUUAAGAUAGCUGAUCUUGGCAACGCCUGCUGGGUCGGACACCACUUUACCAACGACAUCCAGACCAGACAAUACCGCUCGCCGGAAGUUAUCCUGGGUGGUAAAUGGGGCGCCAGUACUGACAUUUGGAGCAUGGCUGCAAUGUCAUUCGAACUUAUCACUGGGGACUAUCUCUUUGACCCCCAGACUGGCACCAAAUACGGCAAAGACGACGACCAUAUUGCUCAGAUCAUCGAACUGCUAGGUCCUUUUCCGAAAUCUCUCUGUCUGUCCGGAAAAUGGAGUCAAGAAAUCUUCAACCGGAAGGGAGAGCUCCGCAAUAUUCACAGACUACGCCAUUGGGCAUUACCAGACGUCCUUCGAGAGAAAUAUCACUUCUCUGAAGAAGAGAGUAAGGCCGUGUCUGAUUUUUUGAUACCUAUGCUUGAACUCCUACCUGAACGUAGGGCAAAUGCAGGUGGAAUGGCCAGUCAUAAGUAUCUCGACGGUACCAAGGGGAUGGAUCACAUUUCCCUGAAUAUCCCCGUAGGCAGCAGGGGAGAGGGGAUUGAGGGCUGGGCGUGCGAGGUUAAGAGGAGGUGA